CAAAGCCCAGUUUAGCCUCCAAAACCCUAACACAAAAAUCUCUCUCUCUCUCUCUCUCUCUCUCUCUCUUAACUAACCGUGACCGUACAACAAUGGCGACGCCUUCCUUGGACGAGGAAACAACUAAAAAAGUGCUCCGACAGGUUGAGUUCUACUUCAGCGACAGCAAUCUUCCAAGGGAUACUUUUCUCAAGAAAACCAUCAGCGAAAGCGAACAUGGAAUGGUGGAUUUGGCUUUGAUAUGUUCUUUUACUCGGAUGAGAGGUCAUCUGAACUUGGAGAACGUGAAGCCUGAUGAUGUCCCAGAAGAUACAGUCAAGGCCGUUGCCGAAACUUUGAAAAAAUCUACUUCUCUAAAAGUUUCCGAAGAUGGGAAAAAGGUUGGUAGGACAACUGAACUCCCAAAGCCGGAAGAUGUAAUAGAGCAGUUAGACAUAAGAACAAUAGCUGCAUCACCACUUGGGUAUGAUGUGACUCAAGAAGAUUUGGAGAAUUUCUUUGGUCAAUUUUCCAAGGUUAAUAGUUUGAGACUGCCCCGUCAUGUUGGGGACAAGAGGUUCUUUUGCGGUACUGCUUUGAUUGAGUUUUCAACAGAGGAAGAAGCUGAAAAGGUUUUGAAGCAAAGCUUGGUUUAUGGGGGUGUUACAUUAGAACUAAAACCGAAGAAGGAUUUUGACAUAGAUAGAGCAAGAGAGACAGAAGAAUAUGAGAAGUCUCAUUCCGUCAGGGGUUCAAAUCGUAAGAAUAACUCAAAUGCAGAACCAAACUACCCAAAAGGUUUGAUUAUUGCAUUUACAUUAAAGAGCAUGUCAGAUGGAGGCUCCACAGAACAAAAUGGUACCAAUGACACGGCCAAUGAUGAUAAAAUUGUUUGCAAAACAGGAGGAGGAUUAGAUUCCUCAAAAAAUGAGACUAGAGUAACUGAAAAGAUGGCUGAAAAAAAUAUUAAUGAAGAUGAAACCCCUGGAGAAAAUAUUGAAAAUGAUAGAAAGGAAAAGGUUGAUCAGAAUAAUGGUUUGGAGGGUGAAGAAAAAGAAACUGAAGAAAUAGAGAAGUCUUCUGAAGGUGCCACUGAAAUGAGUGACGAGAAAGAAGAGAAACGAACUGCUGCUUCCUUCAUGGAUGACAUGAAUGUUGUUUUGCGUGAGGAUCUGAAGGAUGUCUUUCAAAAGUAUGGUACAGUCAAGUUCAUUGAUUUCAAGAUUGGAGCACCUUCAGGAUACAUUCGGUUUGAAGAACCUGAAGCAGCUCAGAAAGCUCGUGCUGCUGCAGUCCUCGCCGAACAAGAGGGUCUCCUUGUUAAGAGUUACAUUGCCGUUCUGGAGCCAGUAACUGGUGAGGCUGAAAAGGAGUAUUGGAGCUUCCUCCGUGGUAAUCAAGAUAAGUACCGGGAAAACAAGGGCAACCGAGGAAGGGGAGGAAAAUACAAUAGAGGUGGGAAACAUAAUCGCUCUAGAGAAAAUGAUAGUGCAAGAGGUCGCCCAAACAAAGCUCAGAAAGUUGAAGCGGCAUGAGUGUUCUAAAUCAGUAAUGGGAUAAUUUUUUCAGGACACCUUCAGACUUUUUGGCGAAAUACUGCUUCCUUCUUGAUCUCCUGGUGUUUGUCAUCAGCUAUAUAAGUUAUGUUCUUCAUAAAAUAUAUAAUGUCUUUGCUCCCUUUCUAUGUAACUCUAAUUUAACCAAGUUACCUCUUUUCUAAGCUUUCCCUCUUGAUUCUGUAAUUGCAAACGAAUAACGAAUUUACUUCACAAAUUUUGGUAGUUUGGUUUUA